UUCGUACCUUCCUCCACUGACUUUGAUAAAGCAAUUAUGAGUGAUUUGGAAAAUAUACGCCUUAAAAGACUUGCAAAGUUACAACGCUCUAGUUCUGGUGAAAAUGUUUCAAAUAGAAGCAGAGAGACGAGCGAGGAACAUGAAUCGAAAAAACCAAAUUUAAAACAGGACGAAGACAAGACUACUGUUAGUAGCCCUCCUACAGAGAAAAAGAAGGAAACAGUAGUACCUUCUCGUCCAAGUAAUCAACAACUAAAGGCAUUUUCCCGUGAAGAGUGGGUACACGUUGUAACAUGUCAAACGCUCAAUAUAACUUUAGACUCGGAAGAUAAAGGGAAAUUUUAUUUAGAAUCUUUUAAAAAGGACUUGGAAAGCGAAGGGCGACCUUGCGCACUUAACGAAGAUAAUGUUGAUUCAGCAUUGCUAACCAGAUUGUCGACGACUGGUGAUAAUACAUUCAAAUAUUUAUUAAAUUCCUGGAGUUCUGUUUAUAAUGUCCUAAAAAAGUUGCCGAAGGAUGAACACCUUCCGUUUAAAACGAAUUAUCUUACGAGCUUGAAAUACCUAUUAGUAAGUUAUGCUGGCAUAACUAUAUUGUUGCCCGAUACUUUCAAUUGCUCUUCCAUUGACUUUGCAGAUUUACUUACAAAGUCUCCUGGGAUACCACCGGAAUUUAUCGUUGAUUUUGUUGCUCGUUAUGAAAAUGAGGGAUUAGAUGAAUUUUUUGUUCCUGUGUUGGAAAGUUUGUCGGUAAAGAUUAGUCUUAUGAAUGUGGAAACGUUUCAAAUGAAUGUUAUUCAAGUGUUGUUUCAAUUGAUUUCUUUGAAACCCAUCGCUGUGCUAGUUCCUCAACUACCAUCUUGGUGUCCUUCAACAAGCCCUGGUGAGCUUGAAUAUAAAACCUUCUUAGGAAGAAUUUCUAGUCUUUCUGUUUUUACUCAGGAAGUUGCGAAUCGCUACUUUUCAAACUCCAGGGAACGCUCUAUGCGGGACAUUGCUUCUUCUAUAAGUUCCUUGGGAUUAAUUGUUUCUAGUUACCAAGAACAACUUUACCAAAUCAUUAGUGUUCUUAUUCGAACCUCUUCAGAAAUUCGUGAAAAAGUCUUAGAUUUUUUGGCAAUGGUUGUAAAUGUUAAUCAUAAGCGGCAGUCACUUCAUGUUGAUCAGUUCAACAUAACUUCAGAUGCUUGUAUGCUUAAUCUGGCUUAUGUUAUGAAUAGAUUAUCAGAACCGUUUUUGGAUAUCAAAUAUUCAAAAAUUGACAGGGUUCAACCGGAGUAUUUACGCAGGCAUCCUCGUAUAGACUUCAAAGAGGAAACAAAGCUUAAUGCUGAUCAAAAAUCUUCGGAAGAAUUUUUUUCUCAUGGUUUUGAAGGACCCAAUAAUUUUAUAUCUGAUAUUUUUUUCAUUAACCUUUCUUAUCAUCAUUUCGGUAUCAAUGCUGCUGUUAAAGCUCUUGAGCAAACUAUUGUGAGUAUCCGAGAUUCAGAGAAAUUGAGAGAGCGACUUGAAGCUGAACAAACCAUAAAUUCCAAUACGUUUUUGGCUAGACGACUUUCCGCGCAAAUUGAUCGUCUUCAUCAACGAAUCGAUUUAGAUCGAUCCUUUGUUCACUGUUAUGAGAUUAUGCUUGCUCAACCAUCUGAAACCUCGAGAUCCUAUAGUUUUCUAAAUUUCGUCAUGGCAUGGUUGUUGCGAGUAGCUAACAAUAAUGCAUCUGACUAUCCAAAGGCACCCAUUGUACUACCUUUCUCAGAUUCCGCUCCUGAACUUUUCAAAAACCUUCCAGAAUACUUUAUUGAAGCGAUUACUGAUUAUGUCCUUUCUCUCUUCAAAACUUCUUCAUCUACUUUAAAUACUCACCCAUUAGAAACAUUAUGUGAAUUUUGUGUUACUUUGUUGACUAAAUCAUCGUAUAUAAAAAAUCCAUAUUUGCGUGCGAAGCUUGUGGAAAUUCUUUUUUAUGGAGUACAGACUCAUCCUGGUCAACCUGAUGUGAUGACCGACGUCUUGUCAACCUCGAAAGUUGCUACGAAAUGGCUAAUUCCUGCUUUAAUGGGCUUUUAUAUUGAGAUUGAGUCUACUGGUCAGUCUACUCAGUUUUAUGAUAAAUUUAAUAUUCGAUUUUACAUCUGUGAGGUUUUCCGUACUAUAUGGAAAUUGCCAGCUUAUUUCGGAAAAUUGGAACAGGAACAGAAAACCAAUUUGCCUUUUUUUGUGAAAUUCGUGGCUUUGAUGCUAAAUGAUGCUACAUAUCUUUUAGACGAGGCUCUCCUGAAGUUGAAGGAUAUACAUAACUUACAAGAAAGGGUUAAUGAAGCUAUCAACACAGGUGAAUCCAAUCAAAACGUUCAAGAGUCUCAACAGAAUUUAGUAGCAACAGAGCGCCAGGCUUCAGUCUAUUGUCAGCUGGGUAACGAAACUAUUAUGAUGCUACGAUUGUUUACAUCAUCUAUUCCCAAAGCAUUUUGUGCUCUAGAAAUAGUUGAGAGACUGGCUGCUAUGUUAAAUUAUAACCUUCAAGCACUCUGUGGUCCAAGAUGUAGAAAUCUUAAAGUGCGAGAUCCCACAAAGUAUAAUUUUGACCCUAAAUCUUUAUUAUCCACGAUUCUGGAUGUGUAUUUGAAUCUGUGCAAUGAAGGAAACUUUGUUGAAGCAGUUGCCCAUGAUGGACGCUCUUACAACAAGGAAAUUUUUGAAAGAGCAAUUGGAAUUGUCAAAAAACACAACUUGAAAUCUUCGCUUGACAUUGAAACCAUCCUAAACUUUGUCAACGAAGUGGAGAAAUUUAGGUUGAAAGAGGAAAAUGAAGAAGAAGACAUGGGCGAAGCCCCUGAUCAUUUCCUUGAUCCUCUGAUGUUCACGAUUAUGAAAGAUCCUGUUAUUUUGCCUAGAUCGGGUGUCUCAAUUGACAAAAGUACUAUUAAAGCACACCUUUUGAGUGACAACACGGAUCCAUUCAACCGCACCCCUUUGACUUUGGAUGAUGUUACACCUAAUGAUGCGUUACGAGAAGAAAUUGAAGCAUAUAUGAAAGCUUUGAAGGAAAAAAGAGCUAAAAGAAACGAGUAAUUUUGACGAAUGCAAGUGAUAGAUGACUGUUGAGUUAAAAUAAAGACGACAACACAUUGUUUAAUCAGAAAAUUUGAAGUAAAUAUUUUUAGUACAUAAAAGAGAAAUCUUAGAUUAAAUGAUGUCGUUAAACAUUUUUAUAAGAAUAAAUUAUUAUGCUAAUGAAAGCA